GCAGAUUUAAUUAUCAAGCAAACAGAAGACUAUUUUUGAUUUCUUUAAUCUUCUGCAACAAUGGCUUCCAAAACCUCACCAUUUCUCUUUUCCAUAUUCUUCUUCCUUCUGGGCCUCCACUCGUGUGCCGGCCAAACUGCCAACGUAAAAGCAGUCUACUGGUUUCCAGACAGUGAAUUCCCAGUCUCCAGCAUUAAUUCAACCCUUUUCACCCAUAUUUUCUGCGCCUUCGCCGAUCUCAAUAACACCACCUACCAAGUCACCAUUUCUUCAGCAAACGCAGCCAAAUUCAAAAACUUCACCCAGACCGUCCAACAAAAGAAUCCUAAUGUCAAAACCCUCUUAUCCAUCGGUGGAGGACGGGCUGACAAAGAUGCUUUUGCUUCCAUGGCAAGCCAAGCCAGCAGGCGAAAAUCAUUCAUCGAUUCCUCCAUAAACCUGGCAAGGUCAAACAACUUCCAUGGCCUCGACCUCGACUGGGAGUACCCUGACACCGCCACCAAGUAUGCCAACUUCGGUACCCUCCUCAGCGAAUGGAGAACCGCCAUCGCCAACGAAGCCAGGAUUUCCGGAGAGACGACAUUGCUUCUAACAGCGGCAGUCUUUCGCUCCUCCAACUAUUACUCGCUGAGUUAUCCUGUCCGGUCCGUAUCAGACAAUUUGGACUGGAUCAACGUCAUGAGUUAUGACUUCUAUGGCCCCGGCUGGUCGCCAAACUUCACCGCUCCCCCUGCUGCAUUAUACAGUGGAGCUUCCGGUCAGGUCAACGGGGAUGCUGGAAUCAGGGAUUGGAUUCAGUCCGGCGUGGCUGCUAGGAAGAUAGUCCUUGGCCUUCCUUUCUAUGGCUAUGCAUGGCGUUUGGUGAACUCGAAUAACCGUGGACUUUUUGCUCCGGCUAAUGGAUCGGCGAUAUCAGGCGACGGCAGCAUUGGUUACGGUCAGAUCAGGAACUUUAUAAGCCAGAAUAAAGCGACGACGGUGUACAACGGAACUGUGGUUACGGACUAUGCUUAUUCAGGGACGACAUGGAUUGGAUACGAUGACACGCAGAGUGUGUCUACCAAGGUUUCUUAUGCUAAAGGAAAAGGUUUGCUUGGCUACUUUGCUUGGCAUGUUGGAGCCGAUUCCAACUGGGUUCUUUCUCAAACAGCUUCGCGCACAUGGGGAGCAUAGGGAGGAGGCCGAAUUCACCAGAUGCUGGCAUGAUAUAUACGAAUAGUUUCUACAUAUAGUUUUAAUAUAGACAGAAUUAAUAAAGGCAUCCGAUUUGUACUUAAUUUUGCGAAUAAAUGAAAAAUUAAUUAAUGAAGAACAAUAAGCAAUUAAUGGUAGUAUUUUCUAAUUUUCACUCAUACAUAGAA